UCAAAAUAGCUAAACGUAAAAAACCAUCUGGUGGUGGUGUUGGUGGUAGUACUAUGAACAAUACCAUAGGACAAACACAAAUUGUUACAUCAUCCAUACAACAGGGCAUUAUUGGUAAUGUUGGUGGUAUUACAACCGCCAAUACAUCUGGUAUAACAUUUACAAAUUGUACCACUGAUUUACAAUUACAACAACAACAAGUUUUACAACAACAGUUACAACAGCAGCAGCAACAACAACAUGCAUUUCUUUUACAACAGCAACAACAACAACAGCAAUUUCAACAACAAUUCACUCAAUCCGCUCAGCAGCAACAACAACAACAUGUUUUACAACAGCAACAGCAGCAACAACAACCUCAACAUCAAAUGAUUGUCAGUGCUGGUGGUCAUUUUAUGUCAGCUACACCGAUGGUUACAUUGUCAACAAUGGCAGCAGCGGCGGCAGUUGCUGCUGGAGGAGGAGGACCUGGUGGAACGGCCACAGCUAUACCUGUACAUCCUGGUACUCAAACCGCUAUGGCAUCAGGUUGUUAUGCAACUGCACCACAAUUUCAAUUUCCUAAUAAUCCAACUGGUACAGCACAACAAUUUUUUAUUAGUCCACAAGCAUCGAAUUUAUCUACAAGUAAUGGUCAAACAUUUUUACAAUGGUCAACAACACCAUCAUGUACACAAGGUAUUCCUACAACAGUUCAAUUUCAACAACCGAAUCCACAACAACAACAGCAACCGCAAGGAGUUGCAGCAACUUGGCAAAAUGUCUCUACUAUCUAUCAUCAACCACAACCGAAUCCACAACAGCAACCACAACAACAACAACAACAAAUCGGUGCAACUAUUCAAUCAGCUUCAGGUGGUGGUGCUGCUGCAGCUGGUGGUACUCCGACAGCUGGACAUGCCCAACAGCAGCAAAUGUUCACACAACAACAACAAGGAGUUAUGCAACAAGCUUCAUUACAAAUGUCUCAACAAGGACAAACACAACAACAAUUAUUAUUUGCACCACAACAUCCAGUUGGAUUACAAGCAGCAGCAGCAGCAACAGCUACUGGUGCUGGUGGUGGUGUUCCUCAAGCAGCUUAUCCACAACAAGUGUAUUUAGCUCAAGCACCUGCAGGUAAAAAU